AUGGACCUGAACUGGAACCCUGACAGAGUUUCUCAUCCAGGCUCAUCUGAAGGCCAGGAGACUGAUUUGAAUUGGCAAAUCAACCCAAAUCCCAGUCUGUUGAUUAGAGAUGAUGGAGAGCUGCUUAUGGAUGAGCAUCUUUCCCCCAGGAAACUGAAAAUUUUGGCAGGGGUAGAUGAUCUGAAGCAAGUGAAGGCCUUAGAGAUGCGAGUAGACACCAGAGAGAUCACCUUGGGGAACUUUGGUGUGCAUCUGCCUAAUCUGAGAGAGCUGAAGUUGAACAAUAGCUUGCUUGCAUCUGUGAGGGACCUUGGCACCUCACUGUCCCGUCUCCGUGUCCUGUGGAUGGCUCAGUGUGGGCUCUCAGAUUUAGAUGGGAUCUCUUCCUGCGGCUCUCUAAAAGAGCUCUACAUUGCUUAUAACAAUAUCUCUGACCUGAGCCAGCUGACCUGGCUGGAUCACCUUGAGGUUUUGGACCUGGAAGGGAACAAUAUUGAGGACAUCAACCAGCUGCAGUUCCUGCGACUUUGUUGCAAGCUAAGCCACCUGACAGUGGAGGGCAACCUUAUUUGCCUGAAGCCAACUGCAGACUCUGCAGAGGACCCAGACUACAAUUAUAGAGCAGAAGUAAAAAUACUCAUUCCCCACUUGAAGUAUUUGGACAGAAUACCAGCAAGACAGACUGCUCUCCUUCCUUCCAAGAGGUUGCAUGAGGAUUCUCUAAUCAUCAAGGAGUCCAUCAAGGAAGGUGGUUUAGCCAAAGACAUUUCAUGGUUAGAUUCGUAUCUUGGGGAAGUAGUAAAGAAGUCUGGUUGCAACCCCAAACCCCCAACAACUUCCAGAUCUGGAAAUACACAGUGUUCUGCUAAUGUAGGGACAUGUAGUGAUGCCAGCCUUUUGUCCAGUAGCUGCUCUCUUCCAGAUUCCACUUUUUUUCCUGAUAAGCUGUUCACAGAAGAUGACUCCAGUGAUUUGACACAUGGAUUCUGUCAAGUUAUAUGUGGGAACCCUGCCAAGGCCCUCCACGAGAGGAGGCAAAAGCUAGGUCCACCUGCUAUGAGCCCUUUGAAACCGUCUGGUCUGACGACAGACAACCUUAGUGGUUCUGGAGGAGGAAGAGAUCUGCACCAGGAAAAGGUGUCCCUUGACCUGGGAGCACGGAUGGAGCAGCACAAGGGGUGCCUGCAAACAGGUCAGCAAGAACAAGCCAGCCAAGCACUGAAGGUGAAUGAGGGUGAAGAUAAGGACAAGGACCUAAUUGAAAGGAUCUCACUUGACCCUUCUUCCCACUCCUCAGGUUUGUCACAGUCUCAGGAGGGUGCAGUGUUCUCCAAUACAAAACGUUACCUAAUUCCAACCCCUCCAAAAAACCCUUCACCUGCCUCUGCAGUGGAUGUUGUGGCAAGACCUUGGAAAACAAGGAACCACAGGGGCCUAAAAAUACCCAGGCAAGAGGAUAGGCAGUGUGCACAGCAAUCCCAGUCAAAGGCUCAUCAAGAGAAUUCAGCCCAGCCUCUGGACAAAGAACCUGCUCCCCAGAGCCUGCACAGCACUCUGGCUGCCUCUGCAUCCCAAGAGCAGCACCAGUCUGCGGGCGGCACCAGUCAGCAAAGGCCCAUUCCAGGACCAGCAGCUGUUGGGUCAUCAAGGAUCAGGUCCAUCAUGGAUGAGAACCCUUCUAAAGAGAUCAACUGCCAGCAUCCAGUUGCCUGCUCAUCCACAAAAGCCUCACAGAGGUUUAGGCCAAUGAAUUCUGCUUGGCCCCUGACUGCCAGGUCUGUUCUGCAGCCAUUGGCAGGCAAAUCCGCUGCCACAAAAACAUCUCGAAACAGAAGUCUUCAGUCCUAG